AUGGCCAAUCUAAUUCAAGGUUUACUCAAUACCGUCCAAGGUAUAUUCCAGAGUCUCUUUGCUGUCAUCCAAUCCUUCUUCAACGUCAUUUACUCUCUAGUCCACGGUGUAGUCUCACUCGUUUGGAACUUGUUGGAGGGUAUUGCCGAAUUUGUCGGUGCAUCAGUACACUUUGUGAUCUCCAACAUCGUCAUCAUUGGUUUAGUUGUCGUCGGACUAGUUAUAUACAAUGAUAGGAACAAAAGAGGUACUAUCGGUAAUGAUUUGAAAAAGAAGGCUCAGUAA